UAGCUCGACAACGUUUGAGCCAAUCGAAACGGAAACGAAAAUGACUACGGCUAAAAACUUGGUGUGUUUGUCUAUAAUACUGGCUGUGGGCGUGGCUGGUGCCAAGGCAGAGCAGAAGCGGCCCAUCACCGAGACGUGUCUAGUGUGCAUGUGCGAGGCAUUAAGCGGAUGCAAUGCAACAGCUGUGUGCGUCAAUGGGGCAUGUGGCAUCUUUCGCCUUACGUGGGAUCAGUGGGUCGACUCGGGUCGGUUGACAGUCGGUGAGGAGCCGCCGCAAUCGGAGAAUUCCUUCACGAACUGCGCCAAUGAUCCGUACUGCUCGGCGGAUACACUGCAAAACUAUAUGGUCAAAUAUGGGCAGGAUUGCAAUGGGGAUGAGCAGGUGGAUUGCUACGACUACGGCGCCAUACACUAUAUGGGUCCAUUCAAUUGUCAAGCGGAUAUGCCAUACAACUAUGAGAGCAUAUUUAAAAACUGUCUUAAGCGUGCCAAGAAACAACAGCAACAACAGCAGUAAUCAAGAAGUGUCUGGAUUGAUGAAUUUUUAAUAUAUUCUAUUUAUUAUAGUAAAGUACACUCAAUGAUUAGAUGGCAUAUAGUAUAAGGGUUUUCCAGCUAAUAAAAUCACAAUUGCUAUAGGAAAAUGUCAA